AUGGGCCUGCCAAACUUUGGUGCCUGUGACCAGUCUGGUGGGUCCCUAUUUGUCCCUGAGAAUGAUGACCUUACUUAUAGCCGAUGGGAAGAUGAUAUUAUUUGGGAUGCCCAAGCCAUGCACAAACCACUGUAUCCUACAGUUCCAACCAUUGAUCAAGAUGACAAGAACCUCAUGUUAUUUGAUAUUGAGGAGCCUAUAGAAGUAGAGACUUCAUCCCCUAAACCAUCAAGCCAGAAGGGUAAAAAUAUGCCAAGAUGUGACAUGACUGAGCAGACUCCAGCCUGCCUGAAAGCCAAAGACCCCUGGAACCUGUCAAAUGAUGAAUUUUACUUCCCCCAGCAGCAUGGUCUCCAGGUUUCCCUCAAAAUCCCUAUAAUCCAACAUUCUACUCCAGCACUGGAGCUACACUUCAGGCUCUUUCCUACCCACAUGGGAGUUGAACAACUCCGCCUAUUUCAUCGGCCACCACUCAGGUGGUUGGGCAGAGGACCUCAUCCUGUCCACAACUUGACUGUUCACAUCCGAAAGAAAGCCCAGAAACGGGAGCAGGAGCUACAAGCUUCAGGGGGAGGUCAUAUGUUUUUCAUGAAGACAAUCCAGGACCUGAGUGGAAAAGAUGGAGAUAUUGUUCUGUUUGAAUGGAGUGAGGAGAAUCCACCAUUGUUGAGCCAGGUUGGAAUGGCUUCCCAGAUACAGAACUAUUACAAAAGGAAAAUUGGGAAGGACUCUGGACCUCCUGCCUAUAAAUAUGGGAACCUUGUAUUCUGUUCAACCUCACCCUUCUUGGGACAGCUCCAAGCUGGACAGUUCUUACAGGCUUUGGAGAAUAAUCUUUUUCGGGCUCCCAUCUAUGCACAUGAGAUGGCAGGCACAGACUUCUUGGUUGUGGUGACAAACACAGGCUGUUUUCUGAGGGAAGUGAAGGACAUAUUUGCCAUCGGGCAGCAGUGCCCACUGGAUGAAGUUCCUGCCCCCAAAUCAAAAAUGGCAAAGAAUUACAGCCAUACCUUCCUCCAGGUUUUUAUAUACAGACAGUUUCAGAACAGCCCUUUCAGACCUCGGAGGAUUCGCAUGGAGGUCAUCCGCAAGGCCUUCCCCACACUUUCUGAGACUAGUAUCAGAAGGAGGCUUGUUAUGUGUUCAGAUUUCCAUCGGUCAGGGAUCUAUUUUAAUUGGUGGGUACUAAAGGCUCGAUUUCGCCUGCCAAGUGAAGAGGAGCUGAGGGUCAUGAUGACUCCAGAGAAAUGUUGUGCUUUAUAUAGCAUGCUGGCUGCCCAACAGCGUCUCAAGGAUGCUGGCUAUGGGGGAAUAUCUCUCCUAGACACAGAGGGGACCAAUGAUGACAGCACAUAUCUGGAUGAUGAGGUCCAGGCGGCCCCAUGGAACACAACUAGGACCUUCCUAGCAGCCACUAAGGGGCAGUGCCUCCUGGAAGUGACAGGAGCGGCUGACCCCACAGGCUGUGGGGAGGGCAUCUCCUAUGUCAAACUCAAGCAGGAGAACAAAACCCAUACGGAUGUGGGGAGGGUGAUGGGCACUGAUGCAGACCUCCGACGUCUUACCCUGAGAGAAGCUCAGAAGUUCCUGAGGACAUUUGGGGUCUCCGAGGAGGAGAUCAAGAAGCUGUCCCGCUGGGAGGUGAUUGCAGCUGUUCGAGCCUUGUCUACCGAGAAACUCAGCUCAGGGGCCAAGCCUGGAACCCUUACCAGAUUUGCACGGAUGUCCCAGUCCUUAGGAGCAGAGCAGCAGAAACACUUCCAGCAAGAGGUUCAAAGAAUUUUUGACCUCCAAAACAGGGUCCUAGCUUCUACUGAGGUGCUGUCCACAGACACAGACAGUAGCACAUCAGAUGAAGAAAAUGGUCAGAACAUAGACAAGAUGUGUCAUGAAGUGGAGAGCUUGCUGGAUGGUAAGAUGAACCCUAAAAAGCUGCAGAGACAGAAGGAAGAAGAGGAGUACCAGGAAAUGAAGCGACUGAUGCUUGGAGAUGGAAACACUCACCUUCAAGACAAAAGCAAGGGAAAAAAGCAGGACAGUGACUCACCCACCUUGGAUCCUUCAUCUCUGAUUAUCCACCGAACAUAUAUUGAUGAUUCUGGCCAGAAGUAUGAGAGGAGUGAAAUAGUCCAGGACCCAGCAGUGAUCAAAGCAUAUAUUCAUGUGAGGACCACCAAAAGUGAGGAUUUCAUUCGGCAGAUCUCUCAACUAGAUGAGCAGAAACAACAAGAAUUGCGGAAAGAGAAGAAGAGACUCCAAGAUAGAGUUCGUCGAAUGGAAAUAUCAGAAAAAAUGAAAGAAAAGAAGGCACAUCUUUCCCCAAAGAAGCUUCUGAAGCCAGAGACCCCCAAACUGAAUCUAAUAUGUGGUGCCUGUGGAUCUAUUGGCCACAUGAAGACAAACAAGAUGUGUUCCAAGUACUGCCCACCCAAGGACCUGGCUCCCAGGCUCAGGGCCAUGACCAAGGAGCAAGAGGAAAGGGAACUGGCUAGACGACUCCCUCAGGAUUCCCUUAUCAAAAUCCAAGGAACGAAAAUGUUCAUGAAGAAAAAGCUAGUGGAAGUGUAA